CGCUGUUGCGAAAUGGUUGUUGGUUCGAUCGAGUUUUAGCGCAAAAGUUUGUGUUCUUGUGAAAAAGUUCGAUGGACUCCUUUUUUGACUUAUUCGGCCCGUCGCCAUCGACAACGGCGUCCGAGAACGACACGGACGCACUCAAUGGGAACCAAGAGGACAGCAGUGACGACAGUGGGAUUAGCAAUGGAUCGAUAAGCCAUCUACUUCAACAGGACGGUAGUUGCAGCGACUUGGUGCUAAAGGGUAUUGACUUCAACCUCGGAUAUCUUCCGCCUGAGCCCCAGUUGGGUAACAUCGAAUACAAGCUGAAGCUUAUCAAUCCGUCAAAGCAGCGAUUUGAACAUUUGGUCACGCAAAUGAAAUGGCGGCUGCGCGAGGGCAACGGCGAAGCCAUCUAUGAGAUUGGAGUGUCCGACUCGGGGCACCUGAAAGGGUUGUCCGACGCAGAUAUGACCGUUUCGCUGCAUACGCUCAACCAGAUGGCACGCAAGCUGGACGCCUCAACGAGCGUUUUACGGCGCAAGAGUCUACCGAACAGUCGGUCCGUGGUGGAGGUGCUGGUUCGCAAGAUCCCGGACGAUCAGCAUAACAUAGAGGUGCGGGUAGCGGUCCUUGGUGGGGCCGAUGCCGGCAAGUCGACGCUGCUCGGGGUGCUAACGCAGGGCGAGUUCGACAAUGGGCGCGGUCGGGCUCGGUUGAACAUGUUCCGACACAUGCACGAGAUUCAGACUGGCCGGACGUCGUGCAUUUCGCACGAAACGCUCGGUUUCGAUGCGCAGGGAAGCGUGAUCAACUACAAGUACACCGAAAUGAUGACGGCCGAGGAGAUUAGCGACCGAUCGACGAAGUUGGUCACGUUCAUGGAUCUGGCCGGACACCGGCGCUACCUGAAGACUACCGUGCAGGCCCUUUCCGGGUACUGCCCGCACCACGCCCUGAUCGUGAUCGCUUCGGGCAACAUCAGCAACAUGACACGGGAGCAUCUGGCGAUCGUUCAAGCGCUGGACAUAUCGUUCUCCAUCAUCGUCACCAAGAUUGAUCUCGCCCCGCCAGACCAGAUACUGUACGAGCUGAAGAACUUGCUUUCCUCGAUCGGUUACCGGAAGAUACCGUACUUAAUUAGCAACGAGGACGACGUGCUGAACGCGAAUGCGCACCAGAGCGUCGAGCAGAUUGUACCCAUUUUCUGCGUCUCGAACGUCACCGGAGCGGGCCUGAACCUGCUCAUCCAGUACCUGUACGUGCUGUCGCCAGGGAUUAGCAACGCCGAGAAGGAGCGGCUCGAGCAGGAGCCGAUCGAGUUUCAGAUCGACGAGAUUUUCCGGGUAUCCGAGGUGGGUACCGUGGCCGGUGGGCUGCUGUGCAAGGGCGUGCUGACCGAGAACAGCCUUGUGCAGGUAGGGCCACUGCAAGAUGGUUCGUUUUCUUCGUUGACGGUGCAAACGAUCCACCGGAACAAGGCCCCUUGCCGGGUGGUUCGGGCGGGACAGAGCGCAUCCCUUUCGUUCAACACCAUCGAGCCCAUGCCGGCCCUGCGUAGUGGGAUGGUCAUACUGCCAGACUAUGAGAGCAACGAAAUCGCUUGUGGAAGCUUUUUCUUUCAGGCUCAAGUUUCCGUGCUGUUCCACGCGACGCGCAUCUAUAAGGGAUUUCAGACUACCGUCCAUAUCGGUAGCAUUCGGCAGACGGCCAUUAUCGAGGGCAUCAUGGGUGCCGGAGAGACCGGGAUCGGCACAAAUCAAACCGCCUCGGUGCUGUUCCGAUUCCUGCGACACCCGGAGUAUGUGCGGCCGGGUAUGAGGAUACUAUUUCGCGAGGGUACCAACAAGGGUAUUGGGAAGGUGACGCAAGUCUUUCCGCUGAAGAAAGCACCCAGCACCACCGAAUAAUGGGGGCAGAGCCCCUUUGCCGAUGGAUGCUUACUUCUUCUAUGUACAUGUUAAAAAUAAUUUGAACUCUAACAAACGAAUUAAUAUUUGCUAGCGUGUGACGAUUGUAAUAGAAAUAAAUUUUUCUGUGAUUGAAAAAGAAAUACUUUAACACACACAUACAAACCCACACGCCGCGCUCAUAUCAAACGACUUAUUUCGAAUAGAGCCGAAGCACAUUUGAGAAAGCAUAACUUUUAACAAAAUUUUCUGUCAGAAUUAAACUCAAUUAUAUAAUUUACAAAAAAAAAACAAGAUGUUUAUUUAAUAGGUAGUGUUUGUUCACGUUAGGGUACAAUUAAAAUGUUCAAAUGUUUUAGGAGUUAAUCAGGAUAGUGCCAUCCAGGAGGAGACAGACUACAAAAGGAACAGAGAGAAGCAAACACAGACUAGAGAGGAAAAUGGAUUAACAAACCUUUUAAUAAAAUUCUUCCUAUCGCCUGCCUGAAUAACAAACAAGGGAG